AUGUUAUUCUGUUUCAGCAGUCAGCAGGCAAAGGAGGAGGAACACGUCUACCUGGUGGACGAAGCCGAUGAACUGGAGGUAGAGGACAGCCAGGAGGCACAUGAUAACCUCAUCAAUGAGGACCUGUUGGGCACAGGAAACGGCGGCGUUGCAGCAGUGGUAAAGAACCUCGAGUCAGCACUCUCCACCCGACGCAGCAACCACCGCCGGACGAACUCCUUCGACGACCUCCACUCGGGCCCCAUCAAGCUGCCACUGCCUACUUCCACAGCAACCACAGCAGGCACUCUGCGCUCCUUUCGCAAGUCACACGCGUCCUCGGCGUCGCUGGGCGCAACAACUGGCGCAGCGCUGGCGGCAGCGACAGCUGCUGCUGCAGCAAACGGCAAGUUCGUCGACCCGUCCGUAGCGGUGGCAGCCGUUGCAGCGGCAGCCGCGGCGGCCGCUGCAGCCGCCGACCAGCAACAGUUUGGUGGCAGUCACACGCAGCACCAGCAAUCGGUGUCCACGGGGAACGGCAUAUCUCGCACCUUCGGCAAGCUAGGCCCCUUUCUCCGGCGCAAUCGCUCCUCCAAGGGCACUGAGCAUCUGCAGCGUGAAGCACUGCGCAAGUCAAAUGAAACCGCCGCCGGUCUGGGCAUCGACCAGUCGCAACGAUACAUCAAACUACCAACGUCAAGUGCGGUCACCAGCGGGGCGGGCACUGGCUGCUCGCCGGCUUCCUCCCCCACGACUGCAUCCGCCAAGUCGUUGUCGUCCUUGUCCUCCACUCGAUCGACGCCACAGAGCCACAGUAAGUGCUCGUCGCUGACAAAAUCGGCCACUUCCGUGGCAAUAGCGGCAAGUUGUGAUUCGCAGCAACAGCAACAACAGCANCGUCGUCCUUGUCCUCCACUCGAUCGACGCCACAGAGCCACAGCAAGUGCUCGUCGCUGA